AUCGCACCACCCAACGCUUUUCCCCGUCAUCAUGCAUCGACGUUUCAAAGCAUGGAUGAGCUCCAAACGUCACAGUCGCCAACGCACCCCUCAAGACCCUGAAAUGCCACGGCUUCCCAAUCCGCGACCAUACACUUUGACACCAUCACCAUCGCAAGAGCAAAUUACAACAUUAUCAGAAACGGUCCCCUUCUUCAGAUUGCCCCUCGAACUCAGACGAAAGAUUCUAAUUCAUGCAUUCGGCAACCGCACAGUUCACAUGGAUCUCGCUUUAACCCAUCCAUUGCGUGAACCGCUAAACGAAGAAAGAUCUUGCUACAGAUCCACAAACCCUGCUCACAGGUUUGAUCAAGAGGCUGGACAUCUCUGGCCAUAUACAAAAGAGAACUUGGGUCUAGACAGAAGUCGGCCCAAGUACUGGCAGUGGAGAAGCUGUGUGUGUCAUCGCCUCCCACCGCCUCGGUUCAAGAUUACUCUGGACUUCCAUAGUUACAUCAAGCCUGCUGAUGAUAGAUGCUGUGAGGGUUGGGCGGCCUUUUGUACCCUAUGGACUAAAAGGACUGACAAGCCUGAUUCUUGCUGGAUUGGGGCGAUGGGAUGGCUCUUGACCUGCCGCCAAGCAUACAUCGAAGGAACUGAGGUCCUUUACGGCACAAACACUAUUCAUAUAUCAAGCAAGCCUCUUCUUACCAACUUGAGCACACUAAUUCCUCCGCGAAGUCUAUCGCUGAUAUACUCACUUGAGGUUGUGUUCUGGCUUGAAACUUAUGAACAACAAGGGAAAGCAUUUCCAAACCUACAACAAUUAGAAAAGGAUCUACUCAUCCUAGAUACACACUUUCCUAGUCUCCUGAGCCUUCAUCUCGGGCUACGACUCGACCUUCCUAUUAUAGAAGAUACCAGGACGAACAUCAAGAGAAGACCUGCAUAUGUCUUGGAUAUGUUUCAAUCGAUAGACGCGUUCCUCAAACGGCGGUGUGACAAGCCUGAGUCUGAUCAUCUUCGUGACCCUCUUUUGCUAUCCAUCUCGCAGUCUGCAUACAAAGACUUUCAGAACGAGGUGCGUCACAACGAUCAAUAUUAUGUUAGGAAGAGUGGUGUCCAAGUCUGGCGACCCUUGUUGCCUGGGCCAUUUGUGUUGUACGAUAAGGGAGAUAUAUGCAAUGCAACAGCAAGUAAUGGAUACUGGAUUUGGGGAGACUAUGAGGAUAGGUAUGAAAUGGAGAAAAGGCCACUGGCCAUGUGAUGUAAGUAUAUUUGCUUUCCAGUCAUGGAGUGUAUUUAGUAGAACCAUUGCGAAUUUCGACUGCUUGCAAUUGUCUGUUGAUACAAGGGAUUGAUAGCGAUCUUAGUUCAGCCUGAAGAUUUUCAUACCUCUAGUACCUU